CUUGAGCGACUUAUGACCAUUCCUACCCUGCCCUCCCCAUCCGGCAAUUCGUGACCCCUGCCCAACCACGGCGGAAUCCAUCAAGCCAACCCUCUGCAGAGUCGUCAUCUACUUGCAGAAGGAGAUGUCUGGGGACACGUGCCUGACCACCAUCUGCCGAUCUUCAGGAGCCAAGCCCAAAACCUGCAGCUUUAGAGAGGGUAGCCUGGGCAACAAGUAUGUGCGGCUCAACGUUGGGGGCUCCUUGUACUACACCACAGUGCAGGUGCUGACCAGGCACGACACCAUGCUGAAGGCCAUGUUCAGUGGCAGGAUGGAAGUACUGACUGACAAGGAAGGGUGGAUCCUUAUAGACCGUUGUGGGAAACACUUUGGUGUGAUUUUAAAUUACCUCCGAGACGACACUAUCGCGCUUCCAAAAAACAGGCAGGAGAUCAAAGAGCUGAUGGCAGAAGCGAAAUAUUACCUAAUUCAGGGCUUAGUAGACAUGUGCCAGGCAGCUCUCCAGGACAAGAAAGACUCGUACGAGCCCGUCUGUAACAUCCCCAUCAUCACGUCUCCAAAGGAAGAAGAGAGGCUCAUCGAAUCCUCCAUGAAACCUGUUGUCAAGCUGCUUUAUAACAGGAGCAACAACAAAUAUUCCUACACCAGUAACUCGGACGAUAACUUACUGAAGAACAUCGAACUAUUCGAUAAACUUUCUCUCCGCUUCAAUGGCCGAGUCCUCUUCAUUAAGGAUGUUAUAGGGGAUGAAAUCUGCUGCUGGUCUUUCUACGGACAGGGGCGGAAGCUCGCUGAGGUCUGUUGCACCUCGAUAGUGUACGCCACGGAAAAGAAACAAACCAAGGUUGAGUUCCCCGAAGCGCGUAUCUACGAGGAGACACUAAACGUUUUACUUUAUGAAACUCCACGUGUACCUGACAACUCCCUGCUGGAGGCGACGAGCCGGAACCGAAGCCAGGCAUCUCACAGCGAGGAUGAUGAGGGCUUUGAACUGCGCGACCGAGUGCGCCGCAUCCACGUGAAGAGAUACAGCACUUAUGACGACCGGCAGCUUGGCCACUAGCCUGCUGGCAGAGGAGAAACGGUUUGCUUUGUUCAUAGAGCUUAACGAAUAUGUGGAGUUAGUCCGGGAAGCAGGGGAUUGAUCCUCAGAUGGUUUCAGUGCUUCCUAGAGAAGCAGCUCGGCAUCUGGGCAUGCAAACCAAAGGCAACACUUAAGGCCAGAGGCUUUUAGAGUCAUUGUGACAUUUACUUGUGUACCAUGCGGUGUAAAUAGAGCAGUUCUUCAUGUGCUGCGGAUGGGCGGGGAUCCCAAGGACCUGUCUGUGGAGCUCAUUUGUUCUGAUAUAGGUUGCAGCCACCAGGCAUUGUCUGUCUUGUGAGAAGCGAUGUAUUUUUCCAUUUGAGGAUGUUUCUGUUUGAAAACCCAUUGCCAGAGACACCGUAAGAGCUGUGUGCCCUGGAAUUGCUUAGUUUUUAAAUUCUGUUACAAAGGAUGCCCUGUGGGAUUCGAACACUAGCACGUUUAGCAAACGCUACCUCUCGCUGGCCAAGCUACUCUUUCCUUCUGGAGCAAGUAGUUAGAUUCCCAUGACAUGAGAGAGGGCGUUUCCCCUUUUGUGCAAGGAUCACCCUUGGUGCUGAAACUGCUUAGCCUGUCUCACUUUAAACCAAGUUUUUAGGACUCAAGCUAACAAAUGGUCCAAAUGGGGGAAAUUUAGAGAGUAAAUAUUAAAUGAUAUGAUUAUUAAGAAAAAAAAAUCCUAAAGGUGAGGGUGUGGGUGUGGUGAAGCUUACAAGAAAACAGAGCCCUGGCGAAAUCAUGGGCAUAGUGGGACCCCUACCCUCUGGGGCUUUGGGUGGGGCAGGAACCCUGUGUUAAUAGAUCCUGAGGAAUUGAGGGAAUCUCUCUAGAAUUAGUCACUAGAUCAAGAGGGCCCCUAAGCACUGCUUGGUGUCAUCUUUCCUCAAGCUAGGAAAAAAACAGGGUGAUUGAGGGAAAAUAACUAAAGUGUAGACCAAAGAAAGCUUCUUAGCGCAUUCACUCUCGCACAGCUGGAGUUGUCCAUGUGUUUCUGUUCUAAGUCCCCUCUGAGGCCAGGAGGUGGGAGUGGAGGGAUAGUGGCCAUUACACCUUGUUAUAGAGUGGAGCUCUAUCUCUGUGCAGCCCCGGGACUUUUUAUAUUGAAUUUUAAACCGUUUCUUCAGCUGACAUUUUUUUAUAAUUAUGUUUUUAAAAAAAUCUUUUGUGAUUCAAAUGGUUUUUUAAACAUAUAUUUUAAAAAAGAGAGCUGAUGUGUCAAGUGUGUACCCCUCCCUUCUUGGUACUAUAGUGUCAACUCUCUUUGGACUUAGGGUUUUUUGGACUUGAGCUUUGAUCUUAAACGUGACUAUCCAGUGAGAGAACAUGAUGGUCCCAACUUAUUUGGUAGCCCAGAUGAAAACUUAAGGGCUUGAUUUUUCUGAAGUUCUGAGCCCCCACAACUCCAGCUGAAACCAGUGGGAGAUGCAGGUGUUCAGCGCACCUGAAAAUCAAGCCCAAAGUUUUCCUGUCUCUCUCCCCCUUGAGGAC